GUGCGCGCUCCCGUGGACAGACUUCGACCGAGUAACAACAGCGCGCUCCCGUAGCUGCACGGCGCUAAUUUGGAUAGUUUAGUAAAUGUGAAAUCCCGUGGGAAUAAAACCCACUUUAUGACAAACGCACGACGCACGGAGCGGGACGCGUCCACGACCCACGGACCCGGACCCGGAGCGGACUUUCACCCCCUGUUUGGAGCUUAAAGCGGGUUCCGGGCCACGGUCUUUUUCUGUCAGGAAGUUUGACGUUUUCGAGUGAAGAUUAGUUUUUGCUUUGUUUUGGUUGGAGCUCGUGGACUGUUGGAUCCGGACGCGGUUAAUUCCACGGAUUAUUGGCCUUUAAACACUUGGACUUCCACUUUUACGCAGCGUCUUAAACAUUCCGCAGAAGUUCCUCAGACUCAGCCGCACAUGAAAGCCUCUGCACAGACGCACAGAUGAGCGGCCGUUGUCAGUUCAUCACGUCUCGUGCCAGUUUUGGACUCAUCAUGACGCGCAUUCAGUCCCACUCGUGUGGACUUUAGUCCCAGGCCACAGUCAGGCCUCUAAGGGUCUCCAUCUGCAGACCCACGAUUUUUUUUCUACGAGCCGUGAUCUGAAACUGAGGCUAUUUUAAGGGUUAGGGGUAUUUUGGAGUCAAACCUGGCAACCCGCAAGGAAAAUCUGCAAACUUAGCAGGAAGAGACGCGUCAAAAUCACGGAAAUCGUCCGGUGUGUUCCUCCGUGGAGCGGUGACGCACAGAUGGAUUUCAUCCAGGCCACACGGUUACUCUUACACCUGGUUUGAGACUUUUUCGUGGGUCUGUCCCGGAGCGUGAACGCGUACUUUUGUGUCCUGAAUAUGUUUUGGAAAGUUGCGGGGCUCCUUCCGGGCUCUGGACUCCAUCUGCGGGCUUUUCCAUCCCAGCAUUCCCUGCGUCAAAUCCACAACUGUCCGAUGUGACGGCGUUUGCUUCUGCAGCCUGGUGUCCUGCGCGUGUCCGUGGGUGUAUGAGUGUCCUCUGACUUUCCUGCUGAAGACCGGAGCCGUUACCUGGUGUGGUGGGGGGGUGGGGGUCAGCCCCGACCAUGGCGCACGGACGCACGCGCCCGCACAGCCCGGUGCGUCCGCGUCACUGAGCACCGAUGGACGUGAACGACUCCCACGAGACCCACGGCCUCAUCUGUGCCCAGAAGCUGCGGUGACCGUGGUCGUCAAGGCGACAGGCGUUUGGCGUGUUGGCUCUGAACAGACACGUUUGUGGACAAUCUGUUGGUCGACCACACAAACACCAGCGCAAUGAAUGAGAGGCAGGCGCUCCACUCCAUAAUGAAGGACCUGGUCGCCCUCCAGAUGACGCGACGCCAGCCGGUGUCGACCUACGACGGCGGCAAGGCCAAGACGCCGGCCCAGGCCAACAGACAGGAUGACGUCAGGAUAAAGUUUGAGUUUUCCGGAGAGAGGAGAAUCCUGAUGUUUGGACGACCUGUGCAGUUUGAGGAAAUCCAGCAGAAAGUCAAGGCUGUGUUUGGGCAGCAGUUGGACCUGCACUACAUGAACAAUGAGUUGUCCAUCCCUCUGCGAGACCAGGACGACCUGGACAAGGCCAUAGACCUGCUGGACCGGAGCUCCAACAUGAAGAGCAUCCGCAUUCUGCUGCUCACUCAGGAGCACAGCAACGCCUCGUCUCCGUCCCAUCAUGCACCGUGUAAACAGGUGAGGAUCAGGUCGUCCCAGUCCACCGGGGACGUCAGCACCGCCUACCAGUCCUCAGAGCCCCGGGGACGCCACCUGUCCACCGGUUCUCAGAAUACGGGGCGGAGCUCGCCGCCUCCCGGCUACGUGCCUGAACGCCAGCAGAGAAUCGCCCGCCAAGGUUCAUACACCAGCAUAAACAGUGAAGGGGAGUUCAUCCCAGAGACCAGCGACCAGUGUGUGUUGGAUCCGUGGAGCAGUGCAGAAAACUCCGUCUCUGGAAGUUGUCAGUCUCUGGACAGUAACUCCGACAGUCCCUCAAUGAGGAAAUCCCGAAUGCACCGAGCCAAGAGUUAUCCUGAUAACCGGCAGGAGUGUUCAGACAGGGAGAAUCACGUGUAUGACAGGGUAGCAGGGAAGGGAGGCACCUACCCACGAAGGUACCACGUCUCCCUUCACCACAAAGACCACAGCGAAGGUCGUCGGACAUUUCCACGGAUCCGUCGUCCCCAGGGGAACCUUUUCACGCUGGUGCCCUCGCGGCGGUCGCUCAACGGCAGUGAGGAGAGUUUAGGCAGCUGGCAGCUGGUCGACGCCCAGGGAAGACUCCGCCCACAGGAGCGAUCAGUCGCCCAUAAAUCGCCCAGUGCUCCGGUGACGUGGCGGCGGGGGAAGCUUCUGGGCCAGGGAGCAUUCGGUCGUGUUUAUUUGUGCUACGACGUGGAUACUGGAAGAGAACUGGCCGCAAAGCAAGUCCAGUUUGAUCCAGACAGUCCUGAGACCAGCAAGGAGGUCAGCGCCUUGGAGUGUGAGAUCCAGUUAUUGAAGAAUCUGCAUCACGAGCGCAUCGUCCAGUACUACGGCUGUCUGAGGGACCACAACGAGAAAACCCUGACCAUCUUCAUGGAGUACAUGCCCGGAGGUUCGGUCAAAGACCAGCUGAAGGCUUACGGGGCUCUGACUGAAAACGUGACCCGUAAAUACACCCGUCAGAUCCUGGAGGGCAUGUCCUAUCUGCACAGCAACAUGAUUGUCCACAGAGACAUCAAAGGUGCCAACAUCCUGCGGGAUUCGGUGGGAAACGUGAAGCUGGGAGACUUCGGUGCCAGUAAGAGGUUACAGACCAUCUGCAUGUCCGGAACCGGCAUCCGAUCGGUGACCGGCACCCCCUACUGGAUGAGUCCAGAGGUGAUCAGCGGAGAGGGAUACGGCAGGAAGGCAGACGUCUGGAGUCUGGGUUGUACGGUGGUGGAGAUGCUGACAGAAAAGCCUCCCUGGGCCGAAUUUGAGGCCAUGGCGGCGAUAUUCAAGAUCGCCACCCAGCCCACCAACCCCCUGCUGCCCUCGCACACGUCCGAACAGGCGCGGGACUUCAUCCGCCGCAUCUUCGUGGAGGCCAAACACAGGCCGAGCGCCGAGGAGCUGCUCAGGCAUCCCUUCUCCCAGAUCCUCUGCUGAAAUCUGCCCGGACCAUGAACUUUAACCCAGACGGAACCGGUCCAGGGGUCAGUGUUAAAUCCACAGAGGUACUGGACUGAAAACCCAAACACAUGCUCUUACAGGAGUCACCAGCAGGGGGAGACAAAACACAGAUGAGGAGGUUUGACAGAUGCAAACACACGCUGCUGAUGUUCUCCUUCAGAAUCGGCAUCUUUCAAGUCAAAUCCACUCAGUUGUGUCUUCAUUCAAAUCCUCCACUGUGUUUAGAUUCACUCACUGAGCAGUUUUGAGGAACGCCACGAAGCUCUGAAAAGUUUUAAACAUUUUCAAGAGGAAAAACUCAUCUCUGCCCAGUGAACGUCGACAAAUACUCAGUUCUACAGUGUUAAUGAGACGGAGAUGUUCUUCUUUCACUUCAGGUGAUUCUUUUUAUCGCUGUCUCUUAUAAAUCAAUGAAAGCUCCACCCUUAGACAACUCUUUAUAUGUAUAAACCUUCAUGUCAAAUGACCAAACCUAGCGACACUGGAGUUUAAUGAACAGGUUCAUUGUUUUUCAGGUGCCCAUAUCAGACAGAAAUUAGUAUCAGAUAAUAAAUAAUAACACAAACCUAAUGAGACAAACCUGAUAAUGGAGAAAAAUGUGGAAAUAAUGAUAAAAUAUGUUAUUUCUGUUAGUUUUAUACAGGUAAAGAUGAUUAUCAUGACAUCGAAAAAAUAGAAUAGUCUUUAUUGUCAUUGUGUUUUCCAGUCAGUGCAACAAUAUGAAUAAAAAGCCAAUAUGUCAGAAAAUAAAAUUACAAAAGGAAACUAGUAAAAUAAGAAAUCGAAUAUAAAAUUAAAGUAAAGUUGAGUGGAGUGUGAGUCUGGUCCGCGUAGCUGGUACUAAGUCGGACCUGUUCCCGGUGAGGGUUGGACUCCACCAGGGCCGGCUUUUGUCACCGGUUCUGUUCAUAACUUGUAUGGGCAGAAUUUCUAGGUGCAGCCGGGUGGGGGAGGGGCUCGAGUUCAGAGGCAGGAGGAUCACACCUACACUUUUUGGAGAUGAUGUGGUCCUCUUAGCUUCAUCGAGCGGCGACUCCCAGCCAGGACGUGUGAAGUAGCUGGGAUGAAGAUCGGCACCUCAACGUCUGAGGCCACGGUCCUCAGACGGAAAAGGGUGGAGCGCCCACUGUGGGUCAGGAGGAAGUCCUACCUCUGGUGGAGUAGGAGUAUCUCGGUAUCUUGUUCAUGUGUGAGGGUAGGAUGGAACGGGAGGUCAACAAGCGGAUCAGGGCAGCGCAGACGCUAAACCGGUCCGUUGUGGUGAAGAGGGAGCUGAGCUGAAAGGAGAAGCGCUCGAUUUAGGCGUGUUGAGCCGCAUUAUGUAAUAAAAGUUCAAAAUGUAAUAAGAAUGUCACGUCAUCUUGUAAUAAAGCCGCAUUAUGUAAUAAGCAGAUGCAUUUUGUAAUAAACUACGU